UGUAGUAGGUGUAAUGCUGCUGUACGCAAAGGACAGAUGAAAUGCUGCGGGAAAGAAAAAGUGACAAAAUAUUUGGAAGCAUUACGUCAUGACGCUACGGUCAGCGGAAGCACGUGACUUUGACACAUCGGACAGAAUUGGCAGGCUGCUUCGCUUCCGAUGAAGUGAAACGUUCUGGAAACACGAUCAUUCAUCUCCGACAUUUUAGCUUGUGCACUGCGGUCCGUGGAUUUCAGUGUAGUUUCUGGAUGAAAUUUUCCUGUGAGGCUGUGCUUCAGUAAUGGACGUCAGCUGUUCCUGUUCUACUGCCUGAACAUAUCUAGCGCCAUGCUGCUCUACACUUCAGUAGGGUUUCUCUCUUUACUAUGCGCGGGUCCAGCGCUGGGGGAUUCAGGGUUUGCACAGCUGGACGGCACACCGCCUUCUAAAAUCGCUGUCGUUGGCGCUGGAAUCGGCGGAACAGCGACAGCGCACUUCCUGCGGCAGCAUUUUGGACCGGAAGUGCGCAUUGACGUGUUUGAGAAGCAGGAGGUCGGCGGUCGCCUGGCAACUGUCACCGUUAACAACCAAGCCUACGAAACUGGCGGCUCCAUCAUUAAUUCCCUCAACGUACACAUGCAGGACUUUGUGAAGCAGCUGGGGCUGAAAUAUCGAAAGAGUGUGGCAGGCAAGAUGGCCGUCUUUAAUGGUAAGGAGUUCAUUCUGGAAGAGACUGACUGGUACUUGCUGGACCUCUUCCGCCUGUGGUGGCGUUAUGGCAGCAGCUUUAUCCGGAUGCAAAUGUGGGUCGAGGAGAUAAUGGAAAAGUUCAUGAGAAUCUAUAAAUACCAGGGUCAUGGUUAUGCGUUCAGUUCAGUGGAGGAGUUACUGAAUUCGCUCGGAGGUUCAGGAUUUCUCAACAUGACCCGCCGCUCUCUGUCCGAGUCUCUACUGGAGUUGGGUGUGUCUCAGCGGUUCAUUGAUGAAGUCGUUGCUCCAAUUAUGUGGGUCAACUACGGCCAGAAUGUCAGUAUACCAGCAUUUGUUGGUGCUGUUUCACUAGCUGGGGCACAGACAAAUCUGUGGGCAGUGGAAGGAGGAAAUAAAUUAGUGUGCUCCGGACUUCUAAAACUAGCAAAGGCAAACCUGAUCCAUUCACAAGUUACCUCCAUUUCCCUUCAUUCAACAGGUGACACCCACCAGUACAAGCUCAGUUACACCACUCAAACUGAGAUUGCAUCAGACAUCUAUGACAUAGUUAUCAUAGCCACUCCUCUCCAGCAAAACGUAAACUCAGGAAUCUCUUUCUUAGGCUUUGAACUCCAGCUGCCAGAGAUAACUGGGUCUUACCACACAAUGGUGGCCUCAAUUGUCCAUGGUUAUCUCAACUGCUCUUACUUCGGCUUUCCUGACCCUAAGCUUUUCCCCUUCACGAGUGUGCUGACAAGCGAAACGGCUAGUCUGUUCUUCAACAGUGCCUCUAGCAUCUGCCCCGUCAACAUCAGCACUGGAUUUCGACGCAAACAGCCACAUGAGGCCAGAGUCUACAAAGUCUUUUCCCCUAAACCACUGGAGAAGGAUGAGCUAAAGACCCUAUUUAAGUCUUACUACUCUGUACAGGUCAUUGAAUGGAAGGCAUACCCUCGUUAUGGAAGCUCUCAGGAAAUAUCACCUAUGAUCCUGCAUGAAAGUCUUUACUACCUCAAUGGAAUUGAAUGGGCUGCAAGUGCAAUGGAGAUGAGCUCUGUGUCUGCUAAAAACAUUGCGCUUUUGGCUUACCAUCGCUGGAAUAGGCAGCACGAGAUGAUUGACCAAAUUGACCUUAUGCACAAGAUCAAGACAGAACUGUAAAAUUUUCUGACCAACAAUAAUUUUCUGUAAAAAUCCUGCUAGCACAAGCUAGAGACUGUGGAAGACAUUGCUUUUUGCACAUCUAUUACAGUAUUUCCAGUCAUUGUUCUGACAAGAUGGUUACGUCUGUAUCUAAAAGAAAACGCAGCUAAAGUGGUUUUUUUUUUUUAUGUUGGAAUGUUACUGAUAUUUUUUUGUUUGUUUGAGUGAUUUCUAGUUGGAAUAAAGACCAUUUAAUUUGU